AUGGCAACAUUGGUCACAAUGAACAGUACUACAUCGCCCAAAUCCUCGCUCGCUAAACUGGUGCUGUACCCAAAGCAGAAGCCUUUUAAAAUAAUGGUACUGGGACAAUCCGGAGUUGGAAAAUCUGCGUUAGUAGUACGAUUCAUUACGCGGCGUUUCAUUGGCGAAUAUGAUCCUAAUUUAGAAAAGAUCUACGCUUUUCAAACUGUGAUCGACAACGAGAUGGUAUAUUUUGAAAUACUCGACUCUGCUGGAGAUCCCCAUGAAAACGAAUAUGCAAACUUAGAAAGCAACAUCCGCUGGGCGGAGGCGUUUAUCUUGAUGUACUCGGUCACGGAUAAAUGCUCCUUCGACGAGUGCCAUCGUCUCAAAUUCCUCAUCAAUUAUAAUAAGAGACGUCGUAGGCUGUCGUCUACUACAAAGGACAGUAUAUUAGAGACACCAGUGGUACUAGUGGGCAAUAAAAACGACCAGAUUGGCGACCGUAUGGUCAGUACAGAAGAGGGGCAGAGGCGAAGUAAGGAAAUAGGCUGCGUGUGUUUCCACGAGAUCUCCGUCAGAGAGAGCAUUGACCAGGUUUGGGGUGUAUUUCGUGACGCUCGCCGCUUCUGGCGCGUGGGCAGCAAAUGGUCCUGGGGUCGUGCUGAAGCCCAUGUGGGAUACACAGCAAUGGACAGGCCGCUUAGUCGUGCAGCAUCUGAUUCCGCACAAGACCAUCCCACCACACCAUUCAGUCGCCGCUGGACAGAAGUAGAGCUAGACGAGGAGGAGGAGGUGGGUGUGGUGCGCAGUGACUCUAACUCUUCGUCAGGGCUGUCGGAGUGCGCGGACGAGUUCCGCGCCCGCGCUAGCACGGACUCGCGACUGCCGCCGAGACCUUCCCGUCCACGGCACCCCGUGCCCGCGCGGACCACCUUACCACCGGUUCGGCGCAUGAGUGUCUCCAUGAAGGGUAACAACACCGUCACUUACUAA